AUGGCAUCGUACAGCGACAUUGUGAGGGAAACCCUCUACACACCAAAUGAACCGCUAUUGUCUUUGGAAAACCUAUCCUACUCAGAGACUCCACUGACUUCAGAUGACGUCAUUCCCCUCACCCCAGAUGACAAAUUGCGGAUCUAUAAGCCAUGGAGAUUCUCAGUAAUUAUCAAGCCUGUGGGGAAGAAAUUCGCUCACCAAUACUUAAGAAUAAAGCUAAUUGAGCUAUGGAAAAUUCAGGGGAACCUUGUGUUAAUAGAUCUUGGCAAGAAAUUCUACACCGUCAAAUUUGACUGCGAAGAAUACCAAAGAAAAACGCUCCAACAGGGACCAUGGUUCAUUGCAAGAGCCUAUAUAUCGAUUCGCUGCUGGGAUCCCAACUUCAUGCCCACAGAAAACAAGAUCUUGACUACUGCUAUAUGGGUUAGGUUCCCCCAAUUACCAACAAAAUUCUAUGAUAAGGAUAUUUUGGAAAAAAUUGGAGGGAAAAUCGGGAAGCUACUCAAGGUAGACGUUUGUACCUCCUCUACUUUGAGGGGACGAUACGCGCGUAUCUGCAUCCAAGCUCCCAUGGAAACUCGAAUACGGACUUCAGUAUUGAUUGGCCAGCACUCACAAAAAAUUCUCUACGAAGGCGAAGGUUUCCUAUGCCAUGGUUGUGGUUGUCUUGGCCACACCAGUACCUAUUGUAGGAAAGCACAGAUCUCCAGGGAGAAGGAACAGGUGUAG